AUGCCUGUUUGGGGACAGUCAUUAGUAUCAUUAGCUCUUACCUAUCAGCGUGCCGUACCGAAAUUCCUAGAAGAAGCUUUCGAGUUUAUCAUCAAGGAUCAUCUCGAUCAAGAAGGUUUGUUCCGUAUGGCGGGAAAUGAUACCGAAAUCAAAGCAAUGAUCAGCAAAAUCGAUAUCUUAAAUCAGCUUCAAGCUAACAAAAAUACAAAUCCAUACAAUGUAUGCGUUAUUAUUAACAGAUUUUUGAGAGAUAUUCCAGGUCAUCUUUUCAUUGAUAGCAACGCUCAAGCAUUUCAGAAAUGCACUACACCAACACAAGUUAAAGAUAUUAUCAGAACUCUUCCUGUAAUUAACAGAGCUGUUAUUUCUCGUCUUUUUGGAUUUUUAUGCAUGGUUGCAAAGCACUCCGACAAAAAUAAGAUGACCGCAUUAAAUCUUUCUAUCGUUAUGGCUCCAAAUCUUGUUGAUGAUGCUUCCAACGCAACAUUUUUGCUUAAUAAGGAUGUCGUUUUACUUAUGAUUAAAGAAUACGCUGCAAUCUUCGAUGAUAUGUCAUCUCUUGAUUCCAAUGGAAACUGGAUCUCAGAUGAUGCCUUCUCACAAAUCACAGGAAACGUUGUUAGCGCAUUCCUUUGCCAGAGUAGCUUCAUGAUGAAGCCUUUGACUCCAAUUAAAGUAGAAAAGCAGGCACGUAUGAUUCGCAACGUCCGCAUUGAAAUCAGCUCUUUAGACCAUAUUAUGAACGAUUUACUUUCGAUUAAUCCUUCACCACCAAGUCAUAAUGUUAUACAGCUUACAAAGUUGUAA